AUGCCUUGGCGGAAGGAGUACGAUUCCACCUUGAAUGAUGAGGAGCGAGCUCAGAGAGCAUACGAGGUCUGGGUCUCGGAGAUUAUGCUCCAACAGACUCAAGUUGCUACUGUGAUACCCUAUUACAAUCGGUGGAUGGAACGGUUUCCUACCAUGAAAGAUUUGGCUGAGGCUGAUCAAGAAGAUGCCAAUACCAUUUGGAAAGGUCUUGGAUAUUAUCGUCGAGCAAAGCUCCUCAUGGAGGGGACCAAGAAGGUUGUCGAAGAAUUCGAAGGGAAAUUUCCGGAGGAUGCUCAGACGGCCUGGAAAGCAGUUCCUGGAGUAGGCCGAUACACAGCUGGAGCUAUUACAUCUAUCGCCUAUAACACAAAGGCGCCUGCAAUAGACGGAAACGUACAGCGGCUGCUAAGUCGACUCUUAGCGAUACACGCGAAUUUGAAGUCGAAGCAGACAGAAACAAUACUGUGGAAUGCAGCCGACGAGCUGGUCAAAAAGGUCGAUAGGGCGGGUGACUGGAAUCAAGCCCUUAUUGAGCUUGGCAGCACUGUGUGCAAACCGAGAGAUCCGAACUGCGGUGGUUGUCCGCUCAGGACCUCUUGCGCUGCAUGGCUGGAGACUCAGGGUCAGCUAUCAGCACCUCUCGUCAAUGAUAUUGAAGAUGCAUGUCAAAUUUGCGAGCCUUUUCCACCGGAUCCACGAGACGGCGUAACUCGCUAUCCCAUGAGCAUCGAACGGAAGAAGGCUAGAGAGGAGGCGAGCGCGGUCAACGUCAUCGAGUGGAAGAGCAAGGGAGACAGCUGGUUCUUGUUCGUAAAGCGACCCGAGAAAGGUUUGCUCGGUGGGCUCUGGGAAUUCCCGACGCUCGAUCUGGCAGAUACGUCUCCCUCUACAGAUACCCUGCUCAAAAGCACGCAUACACUUAUCGACCAGUUGAUUCGGGAUGUCCCAGAAUCUGGCACCUCUCAAACACAUCUGCAUUACGCCAGCGAAUCGCAAGUAGUUGGAGAUGUCCGCCACAUCUUCAGCCAUAUACACAAAACAUAUUAUGCGCUCUGGGUCGUACUGGAAGGUGGAAGCGAACCACCAGCUCUCGAAGCCUCUUCGAAAGCCCUUGUCAAGAAGCGGAAGCUGGAGGAUGGCGCGGACGAUGGGCUGAAGUGGGUGCGAGAGGCCGACGUAGACGGUGUGACAAUGGGACAGGGGCUGGUCAAGCUCUGGCAAAUCGUCCAAGCCAAGCGAACCGGAAUUGCCAUACCGGAGAAGAAGUCCGCCCCUCGAGCAAAGAAGGCCAAGGCGGUCAUAGGCGGCGAUAUUCGACAAUGGAUGAAAGGCCCCGCCUAG